AUGGAUAUGUCUUGUUCACUUGCUAAACGUCAAAAAAUGCUGAUUGACAUCGACCUCCAUGAUGUGGUACAAAUCAAAGUUGUGGCAGAGCAACCUCAACCUCAGAAACAGUCAGAACUGAUAAACCUGUUGCGACUGUGUCGAAGUGGGCUCUCCUAUCGUGCCGUUCCCUUUGCUUUCUGCCAACUUCCAGAUGAUGCGAAGGGUGUCAAUCCUUUCCAACAGCCCAAGCUGAAUGGCAGACAGGCAGAAGGCAUGACGGUUUCCUCCCGCACUACCCUCUCGCAUCAAAAAUCUGCAGGCUUGCAGCACAUUACCGCUUUUCGCAAAACUGCCAGUUGUCUAAUCAAACGUGAUUUCUCCGGCCUCUCCACCUCCUCUUCUUUCCACUCAUCUACGAUCCUUGCCACCUCCACGCUGUCACGGUCAUCUGCCGUCCUACCGCCUUCGCCUACCCCUGUCGAUUGUCUGUUUUCCUCCUGA